AUGGAGCCGUCCAGCUCCCCUGCCCAUGAAUCGAAUAAUUUAAGCCCAGAUGACUCUGGAAGUGAUGAUCUCGGUACUAUCGUUGCAGAAAGUAAUCGCGCUUCGUCCGGAUACGAGGCAGUCGGCGCAGAAACACUCAGUCGUCGACCUACAAACCUCAACGACGUCGAACUCGAGCGCAUAAACACCUAUCGACUACAGCAUAAGUCCACCGUCGGAUCCGGAAUCGGCAUUGUCCCCCGUGAAAAAUGGCUUCCAAUGGGCGCUGGAAAACCAUACCCUCCCGAUCUUCCCGAUCCAGAGCAAUUUGUGGUGGAAUUCACGGGCGCCGAUGAUCCCUUGCAUCCGCAAAACUGGUCCACGAAUAAAAAAGUCACUAUUGCAGUCGUACUGGCCUAUACAACCUUUGUCGCGUCUUUCUCAAGUGCUAUCUACUCCUCGGCUGUGACUGCUAUUAGUCCCAGGUUUCACAUUAGCACUGAAGUUGCAGCCCUUGGUAUCACGCUCUAUGUCUUGGGAUUUGCUUCUGGACCUACCGUAUGGGCACCUGCUAGUGAACUUAUCGGGAGGAAAUGGCCAAUCACUAUUGGGAUCUUCGGGUUCUCGCUAUUUACGGUCGCGACGGCCACGAGCAAGGACGUCCAGACACUUAUGCUGACUCGUUUCUUUGCGGGCUUCUUUGCAGCGAGUCCCAUUGCUAUCGUACCUGCAGCCUAUGCUGACAUGUUCAAUAACCAAACACGUGGUGUUGCUAUCGCGAUGUUUGCAAUGGCGGUCUUUGUAGGGCCCUUUGCGUCUCCAUUCAUUGGGGGCUUUAUUACUAUGUCUUAUCUUGGCUGGAGGUGGACCAUGUAUAUCGCUAGUAUCAUGGGGUUCCUGGCAACUGGGCUUUGUCUCUUAUUCUUUCCAGAAACAUACGCUCCCGCCAUUCUGGUUGAGAAGGCAGUCACUCUUCGAAGACAGACGCACAAUUGGGGUAUUCGUGCGAGACAAGAGCAGGUUGAACUUGAUCUCAAUGAACUAAUAACAACUAAUUUUAGCAGACCUUUUCGAAUGCUUUUCACCGAACCAAUUGUGUUUUUGAUAUCGCUUUGGAUGAGUUUUGUGUAUGGCUUGAUGUAUGCCCUUCUGAGCGCAUACCCAGUCGUAUUUCAAGAAGUCCACGGCAUGAACCUUGGAGUCGGCAGUCUUCCGUUCAUCGGAUUGAUCAUUGGCGAAUUGCUAGCAGGUGCAUAUAUCAUGUUUGACCAAAGGUCCUAUUCGAAGAAACUGGCUGCAAAUAACAACAUACCUGUUCCUGAAUGGCGUCUUCCACCAUGCAUUCUGGGAGGAAUAUGCUUCACCCUUGGACUUUUCUGGUUUGGAUGGACAGGUUGGACUAAGUCAAUUCAUUGGAUGGCUCCGACAGCAAGUGGAGUGAUGACUGGAUUUGGGAUCUAUGUGAUCUUCCUCCAGUGCUUCAACUAUUUGAUUGACUCAUAUUUGUCAUUAGCCGCAUCGGUAUUUGCUGCUAACACCAUCAUUCGAUCGGCUGUCGGGGCAUCAUUUCCACUUUUCUCAAAACAAAUGUUUGUCAAUUUGGGUGUUCAAUGGGCUGGUACCCUUCUAGGCUGUCUUGCAUUGAUCAUGGUCCCAAUUCCCCUGGCAUUUAUGAGGUACGGGCCUUCUUUAAGACAGCGAUCAAACUUCGCACCUGAUACGAGUCGACGCCCUUCCGUAGCCGUUGAAAAAGAUUCACGCUCAAGUGUAUAA